AAAUUUAGUUUUAAUUGAGAACUUGAAGAGCAUACAGCUCCUCCAAACGAGGAGUGUACCAAAGCCAUAAUACUGUUGAAAAAAGAGUGUAUACACAGAAUUAAAAAAAGAAGAAAUAAUAUCUGAUCAAAGUCCUGAAACCAUAAAAAAAAAGUUUUUCUUGUACUUCAGUAUAAAUCAUUUAAACCCAAAAAGAAAACGAAAGAAGUUAAUCGAUUUUGUGGGAAGAACAACAUCGGAAAUUACGAUAUCGUUCGAGUUGAGUGAAUUUUUCUUUAAACGUGGCGAUUUUUCUUAGUUUGUUAACACGAAAAUAGCAGCAAAAUCCAACACUGCUGUUAUACUAAAAUUAUUUUAUUCAUUCGAAUUUACAACUGUGUUAAAAGAAGCAUACAAACAUACAGUCGUACAGUUUUUUGACGAACGGAUACCACAUAGGAAAGGUAGAGUUUUUUUUUUGUUAUUCUGCUGGGUAAAUUUCAAAACGUUUUUAUAGUGUACCGUGUUAUAUAAGUGCUCUCUGUGAAAUAUAUUCGUUCGAAAUUACAUUUUAUAAUAUUGAAUGUAAUUUUUGAUUAAAUUAAAACAACGAAAAAAAAAAAUCGAAGAAAAAAAAAAAUAAUUUUUAUGGUCGAAUACCAGAGUCGAUAAAAUUUCAUGUAUAAAAAAAUAUUAUUAUUAUUGAGUGAUUACACACCAGAGCUUGAUUCACGCAAGAGCGUGUUUGUUCGAUACAUAUAUUCGUAGAAUAAUAUAAUUUGGUGGAAAAAAUUAUAUUUUUCAAUCGUUUUUACCACAAUAUUGGAUUAUUAAUUUCAACGGAAAGAGACAAAAUAUCGAUAAAUCAAGAACUUUUCAUUUGACACUUCACUGCCUAGACUGUCAGCAGAACUCAACAGUUGUGAAAUCAUAAUAAAAAUAGUGUGGCUCAGUUGCAAUAUAGAACUUAUAGAUAGUGAAAAAUCAAAUCGAUUUAAAUUUAUGUGUCGUCAAGAAAUUAGACGCAAUUGUUGGUGCGUGAGUUGAGACAAACAUUUUGCUUUUUCCAAUUUUUCUUAAACGAACGUUUUUUUCUAAUCUAAUCAAAACCAAUUCAAGUAUCUCGUUGUAAUGAACAUUGAUAAAGUGUGUUACAGCACUAAGAAUUCGUAGAAGAGCAAAAAUUCAAUUGUUGAAUGAUUGAAUGCAUCUUGUGUAGUUUUUGACGCAUUCAGAGUCAACAAUUCAUUGUUUUUUAAAUUAAUCAAAUUGAUUUAAAAAUUCGCAAAUUUUCGUGUGGCGUUAGGUAAUUUAAACAAUUAACAAAGAAACAAACAAAAAAUGGAGCGCGAAUCAAAUCCGAUGCCAAUGUGCAGAUCUGGUUGUGGGUUUUAUGGAAAUCCAGCUCAGGAUGGACUCUGCUCGGUUUGCUAUAAGGACUCGUUAAGAAAAAAGCAGCAACCACCCGUUAGCAGUACACCCGUAUCAGUUCCAAGUCCUCAACAAACACAAAGCUUUAAUUCAGUAACAGUAACCAACACAGCACAACCUACAGUACAGAGUUUACAAAUUAAUGAAAAAGAUAAAUUCCUAGGCGAAGAUUGUUCUACUAGUGAAAAUGCAGGUCCUUCCAUUAGUGACGAUAACGAUGACAAAGAAGGUGAUAAAGAUUCGAAGAAAAAGAAAAAUCGUUGUGCUGUUUGUCGUAAAAAGGUCGGAUUAACAGGUUUUGAAUGCCGAUGCGCUGGCCUUUUUUGUGCAGUACAUAGAUACAGUGAUAAACACGAUUGCACAUUUGAUUAUCGAGAACAUGGAGCCCAGGAAAUUAGACGCAAUAAUCCCGUCGUUGUGGGUGAAAAAAUUCAAAAAAUUUGAACUCUUGUGCCAUCAGUUUAUUAAUAAUAAUUAAACUCCUAAUUACAUAAAAAAAGAAGAAGUUAUAAUUAAACAAAAACAAACAAAAAAAAGAUAAAAAAAAUGAAGAGAAAGGAAACAUGAAAUGAAAAUUUGAAGUAAACAAAAAAAAAUAUUUGAAAAAGUAAAUUGAAAUUUCUAAUUCAAAAUUUAUCAUCCAUUUACCGUUAAAUUUUCGUUUUUUAAUUAAUUAAAUUUAGUUGAUAAUUUCAUUAGAAUAUUUUUUUCUUUUCUUGUUUUUCUUUUUUAAAUUAAACGUAAACAAAAAUGCGAGCGAUAGGUAAAGAUCCCUGUUUAAUUAUCCGGAAAAAACUGCUUUGUAUAAAAAUAAUUAAUUAUCGAAACCACACCACCCCCAUUUAUAUUUGACAUUAAUUUUUUUGACAAAAAAAUUAACAAAAAAAAUUUGAAAUUUGAAAUUUUUCUUUUCUUUUGUUCUUUUAGUUGACCAAUAAAUAUAUUGAAUUUAAAAUCCACCAUUUGAAUCUUAUUCUUAUUGUAUUAUCGAAAAAAAAGAAAGGAAGAAAACCAACAAGUGAAAUGUGCAUUUUGUUUCGCUGCUUUUCGUCUUUUACACUGACACUGGUAAAAUCUUACGUUUUUGUGAUCAAGUUUCUUUGAAAAUAAUGACAAUAGAAACAUUUCGAUUUAAAAGCGAGAAAAAAGACUGGGACACUUGGAAAUGAUUUGAGAAAUUUUUCUUUUUCGUUUUUUUUUUUUAAAAUAAUUUUCAUUUCAACCACAAACCGAUUUUUUUUUUAUUUCACAAAUAAAAUAAAUUCCGAUUGAAUUUCAAUAAUGGAGAGGGAUGACAUUGCUUCGGAUAGGAAUUUGUUUUAGAUUUGUUUUCUCCGGCCGAAUAAUUUUCCAGAUGGAAGAAAAACCAUAAUCGAAUUCUUUCCCAUUCAUUGCGAAAACAUUGUCCUGCUAAAAAUGCAAUUUAUUUUUAAAACUCCGGACAAAUAUUUUUUCUGUCACCCAGACUUUUAUUUUCAAAUCAUUUUUGUAAACCACCACUUUUCCUAAUGUAGACAUUGAAGAAAUCGCUAACGGUUAAUACGAAUUUUUACAAAUGUUUUUGUGGAUUACGAAAGUAAUAACCGUAACAACCAAAAGAUAUGGAGCCUAUAAAUAUGGAAUGAAGUAAUUCGGGCCAUUUAACCUUUUUAGACUAACAAUAUUGUGAUAUGACACAACUAACUAGAAGAAAAAAAAAAACAAAAAAAAAACUUUUUAUCGAAAGAUAUUAUCGAUGGCCUGACACCAGACGAGACACAUUAAUAUUAUUGUGCUUCUACGAAGACUUAUUUUUAAAAAAAAUAUUUUUAUUUUCUGAGUCAAUUUCUGUGUACAACGAAACCGUCAAUAAAAACCAACAAUGAAAAUCAUUGUUGAGCGUAAUGAUAGCAGAAAAAUUAAAUUAGUUUUGUUACUCAACUUGUGUUAUUAUGUUGUACGUGAACAUUCACCUGAUUCACCUGCACCUAUGUGACGCAAUAUUUUUUGUUUGUUCUUAAACCAAAAUCAUUCAGUGGAUGGUAGCAAUAUAUUUCGUUCAUGGAUUACCUAUUCGUGUAAAUACACACAAGGCUGAUAAAUGUGGCUAGCAAAAAAAAAAAAUCUUCGGAAAGCGUCAAGGUUGACAGAUCAUUAAUUGCUUCCCGAUAGGCUUUGAUUGCCUUCAUCGGCUCUUCGGUGCAACCACGUUUGAAGUGAUAAACGUGUCUAGUUCGAUCAAAAACAAAAUCAUGACUGACGGCUCAAUGGGAACUGACAGACGAUACAUUGCUAUUAUUUUUCUAAUAACGCUGUGAUAAAAUGAAAAUAAAAUGUUUAAUGGAAUGAUAGUUGCUAGCAGCUAAGACUCAAUUUAGAAAGGACGUAAAACAAUGUGUCAUUAUUGUAAAUCAUUAAUUGAUAUAGAACGAUCAUUCCCAUGAAUCAAUCGCAAUGUGAUUCACCAGUAGAAAAUUUUAAAUCCGUAAAAUCCAAAAAAUUGUAACGAAGUCGAAUCGCAGGAGCAUGUUUUGUCGAAAAAAAUCAGUGCUUGUGACUUUGACGAAAAUGUUAAUGCUGAAUCUAAUCGGCGCUACUCAAAAACUGCCACCCGAUGAUUAUAAUGUCAAUCUAGAAUUAUUAGUUUUUCUUGUUAUUUCCGAUUUCGUCUCAACGGUCAAUCUCAAACAGUUCAUAGAAGAAAUGGAAAACGAAGUAAAGAACAAUCGAAAUGUUAUAACACGAGCAAAGUGCACAAAAAUAGUAAAUCCAAUAGGUAGAAAAUUUUGUUUGAAAUUUACCGUAAAAUCUAACGUUUUCCGGUAAAUUAAAAACAAAUUUACCAGUUGGAUGCACUACACAACAAAUAUGCGAUCCUAACAUUUAAAAAAAGAAGAAAAACACACGCAACCCGAUAUAGUUCGUUAUCACGUUGUUUAAAAUUAGCAAACGAAAAUGAAAAUGUAAUUUUAAUCGAAAAAUGAGUCCGCGGUGGUGGUAAAUGGAGGGUAAUAUUAUAAUUUUUGUUUUUGUUUUGGUCAGAAUAAGAUAUAAUUUCUUGCUUCUGUUUUAUAGAUUUUAAUGCUUUAAAGAUAAAAUUAAAUGUUGUUUGAUCUUCGACAUAAAAACGGUUUUUUUUCUGCGUUUUAUUUUUACGUUAUUUAACCAGAAAUAAAUUUAAAUAAAAAGAAACAAAAAAUAUUUGCGUUAUUUAGCUACAAAAAGGAUUUUUAAAAAAAUCGUGAAAAAACCAAACGAAAUAAAACGAAAAUUGUUCACAUUUUUCUCUCUUUUCGUUUUAUGUUCCGUUUUUAUUUUGCUUUAGUGAGCCUAUGGGUAGAUAUGAGUUUGACUUAUGAAUACAAUUUGUUUUUCCUAGUUUCAUCUUUGUUUUAAUUUUAAAUGAUUUUUUUUUUAAUUUAUGCAAAUAGCUGACCAUCUGCCAAUUUUUAUAAUGUUAGUUGCGUUCUUUCUUUUUUGUUCACAAUGUGAAUUAGUUUUCAUUUUCUUUUUUUUUGUACUGGUGUUUUUGUUGAAAAAAAAAAACUGUGUGAUGAUCAUCAUGCUCGUAUGUUUAGCCGUAGAAAAUACAAAAGAAAUAAAAUUGAAGAAGAAAAAACAAAAUAAUUUUUAUCGAAAAUGUUUUCUAUUAUACAAAACUGGGUAGCUGGCUUGAUAUCCCAUAUCUAUUUGAUAAGUUCUAAGAUUGCUUCUAUUGUGUACACACAUUAAAAAAAACGUUUUUAGCAAGGUCCCAGCAGCAUACUGUAUAAACCAAAAGGAAAUUAUUAAAUGUUUUUUUUGAUAAUAGAGCAGCAAGACUAAAUUUAGAUUUUGCAUGACUUUCUGGUUUCUGGUUAGCCAGCACCUAAUUUUUUUUAUUUUGGUUUUGUUUGUUAUUCUAAAUUGAUUUUAGUCUUUAAGUGCAAAAAAAAGCUGAAAUGUAAAUUCUUACCAAGACAUUUUUCGUUAUGCAGAUAACGAUUAUGUCAUUUAUUGUUUGUUUGAAGUAUUGAAAGACUUGACGGUGCUACGAUAUAAUAUGAGUGUGAAAGUAAGAUUCGUCUCAAAAAUCGGCUUUUUGAACACUGUGACACAAUCGGUUAUUACAGAAGUUGCUUCAAUGUCUGUAGAAAUUGUGUGAAAACAAAUGACGAAAAUGAUGUCUUUCAACAAAAGGUGGUAAGUGACGAAAAUAAUAACCAAUAUUAUCAUAAAAUUGAUUCACAUCUCAACUCAGGGUAACAUUGGAAACCAAAAAAUAAAAAUGUAGACUUAAGGCGGGCUUACAUUUAAUAUUGAAAUAAAGAAAAAUCAAUUUAGUCAAUGUCAUUAGCUCUUCCCAAUUAACCCGUGACUACAAUUGAUAUGUGUUGUCCAGUCGCACUUUCCGUAUGCAGCACGUUUUAAUAUAAAUAUCAACUUUGCUGUGCCAAUCCGCGUGAUUAAUUUAAUGAGAAAAAAACAAAACAAAGGAAAGCGACAAAAACUUAAAAUAAUUGCUUCUGUUGCGCCGAAUGAUUGGAAUCCGACAUACAAUUCACUUUAUAUGUGCAGGCAACACAUUAAAUUCAGGCCACUGCCUCAACGUUCCGUUGUUUUAUUUUUAUGUUGUAUGGUGCAAAUGGGAGCACACAUCUUUCGUCUUUGUUUUAGAAGUGAAACCGCCGUUGUGACUACAUCUUUUGACACAUCGAAAAGGUUUUCUUUUUUUUUUUGUUAAUUUUCUUUUCCCUAUUUAAUGACAUUUGAAAGAAUGCUGGGGAAAUGCAUUAUCUGAAGCCAAAUAGCUUUACGCAAAAGGUGGUUAGAUGGUUGGACCUCUUGCAAAAGAGUUAUUAAAAGAGUGGACGGGAUUUAGAUUGUCAGUUCUUUCGUAAAACUGUUUGUUGGUUCCAUUGUGUAAAAAAGGGAAGCAAAUAUCGAAUUUUAUUGGUUUUUCUGUUUAUUUUGGUUUUUUUUUUCGGUCAGUACUUUGUUGUCGUGCAAUUUGAUUUGAAAAACAUUUUUGUUUGUCUUUUCCUCGUUUUGUUUCCAAUAUAACAUUUGUUCGACAUUUUUCUUCUCGUUUCGUUUAUUUGUUCUAAUUUCGUUCCCAUACAAAAGAAACGCAAAGGGCAAAUUUUAAACUCCAAAAGGUAAAGAAAAAAAAUUGAAAAAAAAAUUUGUAGAAUAAAAGGAAAAAUGAUGAAAAAAAAAAGAAAAAAAUAUAUUUGUAAUGAAAAGAAAAACUUGAUGUUUUUGAACUGAUUAAUUAGCGCUUAGUGUGUGAGUGAUGUUUUCUUGUCUCUUCUUUAAUUGCAAUUUCACAUUUUAAAUUAAUAACAAAAAAUAGAGGAGUAAAAAGACUAAAUUAAAAUAAAAGAAAAAAACUACAAAAAAAUUCAAUUUUUUGACAAAAAAAAAAUCAUUUUCGUUUUUGUUUUUAAUUUUUGUUCGUCUGCCUGGACAUUAUAUAUCUAUGAUAACGUGUUGCAAUAUAUAUUAUUAAAAAAAAAAACAAAGAGAAAAACUGCUUUCACAUUAUAUUAUCAAAGAUCAAGAUACUAAAAAUUUUUAUCUUGUCUUGUCUGUAAAAAGAAGAAUAAAAUAAUUAAAAAAAAACCGGUAGACAAACAGUUUUGUUGGUUUCGCGGUAAAACAUUUCAAUGAAAACGUACGAGAGCGAAAAAUAGUCAUUUACAUAACUAGCGAUAAAAAGGUUGACAGGUCCAGUUUUGAUGUGAUAUCAUUAUCCGAGGCGUUGCCGAGGUCAAUAAACACACAGAUAAACUCAUGGUCAGUAAACAUACGCAAUAACGUGUGACUUUUCGUUUUUAACCCGAGUUAUGUAAAGGACUUUCCAUGCUGAUGGCGUCGAAAUUGCUUGACUUAUGAAAAGAACGGUUAUCGACGCAUGUCGCAUGUAAAAUACAUUGAAAUCCUGUCAGUUAAUCAAUACUUUAUCAAAUUCUUUGGCUUAAAAAAAAAGUUCAAUAAAAAAUGUUUUUUGAUAGAAUAGUUUUGAUUAAAGACCAAAUAACGAAUAAACAAUUUGCUUAUGAACAUAAUUUUAAA